UUACGUUGGUAGACUUGGAGUGUUGGUGCGAUAUAAAUUAACUAACUUAUGAGACAACCCAUUUUGACGCAAAACAGCGAUGUCCGAUCAGAAGGCUUUGCCGCAAGAAAAUAGCCAUGCCGAUGGCAAUUUGGUGAACAAAUCCAAUAAAAAAGGCAAGAAGAAGAACAAGAACGCUGGAGGCGAUAAGAACAACCAGGAGGAUGCGAAUGCAGUCAACGAGUUAUCCUUGAAGGAAAUCCCGAACAAUGAGACUGGUCUCAAGAAGGAUGAGGAGACUACGACGAAGGUGGCCGGUGGUGAGGAGAACAAUGGUGAACAGAUGAAUUCUCUUGCGAACUUCUCGAUCAAGGAUAUCAGGGCUGCCAUGGAGAUGUUCUCGCUGGAGCAGAGGCCUGCGAAGACAACAGAGGAGGCUCUGUGCAAGUCUUAUCAGUUCUGGAAUACGCAGCCGGUGCCGAAAAUGGGCGAGCGGAUAAGCGCGAACGAGCCCAUCGAGGCGGAUAAACCGGUGUCGGAGAUCAGGGCGGAACCGUACAGUCUGCCAGCGGGAUUCCAAUGGGACACGCUGAAAUUGGACGAUCCGUUGGUGCUGAAGGAGCUGUACACUCUGCUGAACGAGAAUUACGUGGAGGAUGACGAUUGCAUGUUUCGGUUCGAUUAUCAGCCGGAGUUCCUGAAGUGGGCCCUGCAGCCCCCAGGUUGGAAGAAGGAGUGGCACUGCGGGGUGCGCGUGGUGAAAUCCGGUCGACUGGUCGGGUUCAUUUCCGCCAUCCCUGCCACGCUCAACGUUUACAAUAAGACGCAGAAGAUGGUCGAGAUCAAUUUCCUGUGCGUGCACAAGAAGUUGCGGUCGAAGCGAGUGGCGCCGGUGCUGAUUCGCGAGAUCACGCGGAGGGUCCAUCUGACUGGAUGCUUCCAGGCCGUCUACACUGCGGGCGUCGUCCUCCCGAAACCGGUGGGCACGUGCAGAUAUUGGCAUCGUUCUCUCAAUCCGAAGAAGCUGAUCGAGGUGAAUUUCUCUCAUCUAUCCAAGAACAUGACGAUGCAACGUACGCUGAAGCUGUACAAGUUGCCGGACAAGCCGAGGACUCCCGGGUUCAGGAAGAUGACCGGCGCCGACGUGCCGAAGGCGCACAAACUCCUCAGCCAGUACCUGAAGAAGUUCGAUCUGGCGCCGAAGUUCUCCGUGGAGGAGUUCCAGCAUUGGUUCAUGCCGCGCACCAACAUCGUGGACAGCUUCGUCGUGGAGAACGAUGGGGACAUCACAGACUUCGUCUCGUACUACGCUCUGCCCUCCACCGUCAUGCAUCAUCCGGUGCACAAGGCCCUGAAGGCCGCGUACUCCUUCUACAACGUUUCGACGAAGACACCGUGGCAACCGCUCAUGACCGACGCGCUCAUCUCCGCGAAGGACCUCCGCUUCGACGUCUUCAACGCGUUAGAUCUUAUGGACAACGAUCAGUUCUUGGAUCCCCUCAAGUUCGGCAUCGGCGACGGCAAUCUGCAGUACUACUUGUACAACUGGCGUUGCCCAUCGAUGGCGCCCAACAGGAUCGGACUCGUUCUGCAAUAGUUACACACAACACUCACACACAAUACAUAGACCGAACCAAGCAACACAAAUAGAGACAUACAAACAACAGCAACAAAAAGUAAAUUAUAAUACUUGAGGAGACGCAGCUGAGAGAAGAACAUAAACAUAAUAAUACUAUAAUAAUAAAUAAUAUGCAUAGGAAUAAAUAAGGAAACACCAAUUCUUGAAGGUUUUUGUUUUUGCUUUAGUUUCCUUCUUUGAUUUUUGUUUUUUUUUUGUUGUAGCCGUGUAAUAAUAAUAUAAACGUGAUUGAUUCUCACCUACAUUAUAAAAGUAUAAUCAAGAAUAACGUUUGUUUGUUGCAUUAAAAAAAAAA